GUAAAGUUAUCAAAAUGAGUUUCGGUGAAGAGGUGGUAAACAAUAAAGUUAUAGUGUUUUAGGCCAAUGUGCCUUCCCUGGAGAUUUUACACAUAUUGUACCAAUAAUUAAUAUAAAAUACCAAAUGCACAAUGCUUCCGAUGCCGUCAAAAAUUCGCUGCAAUUUGACGCAGAAGGCAGCGCUGAUAGACUACAUGUGUGGCCACCGUCAACUAGCUAGACAUGAAUAUGAUGAAGCCACAGCGCAGAGAGAAUGGUGCCGCUUGGCGGACACCCUUAACCAGGUUGGCCCAGCUAAGACUGUGGAGAAAUGGAAAAUUACAUGGCGAGACAUUAAAAGGAAAGCUAUAAAAGAAAUGAGACAAAAUAAUACAAGCGAGAUGGCUUUCAAAAUUCAAGAAAUUUUGAUGUCUGAUGAUGUUAAUGUGCAAGAGACAGUAUCUCUUGCACAACACUCGGCAAUCCCAUUCACUCCAGUAGAUUCUUACCAAGAUCUAGAGAGGGGUGAAGAUCAGAACCAGUUGUUAGAAGAGGAGGUAUCGAAUGAUCUGGAAGCUACAGAGUGCACUCCAGAUUUCAGUUCUGACAGCUCUUCAUCCAUACCCAAGAUGAAUAAAGUACGCUGCAACCAAGACCAAAUUCGCACUUUAGUAGACUGCAUGGCCUUGAAUCCAGGGAUGGCAUUUUCUGCCCAGAGCACUCCCAAAAAGAUAGCCGACUGGAAGAGGCUGCGACAGCUCUUGAACAGGAUGGGGCCUGCCAGAAGGACCAGGGCUUGGCAACACACAUGGCGGGAUCUAAAACGCAGCGCGCUAGAAAAACACAACACGCAUUCAAAGGGAAACUCUGAGAUAGCAGAAAAAAUCAUACAAAUCAUCGAAAAACACGCUCAAGGCACUAAUUCACCAAAUCACAAGCCGGCGAACGAUUUACAUUUACGUUUACCAUCGAAUAUCAAGUGUAUGACAGAACGCAAUAACACGCAAGGUAACUCAGAAAAGGACUUGGAGGAGGACUUGUCCCCUGGACAACGUGAUGCAGAAAAAUUGGUCCCUAAGCAACGAAGUCGGCAGCUUCGUAUAUGGCGUUCGAGCAACAAACAAAUAUUCGCUUUAAUGGACUACAUGGAGAAAAAUCCCGCUUUGGCCGUAGCCCAAUAUAUAUCUGAUACCCAAUGUCCUUACGCGGAAGAGUGGCGAAGGUUAAGCUUAUAUCUUAACAAACUUGGGACCUCUAAAAAAAGCACUCUGUCUUGGAAGCGGACAUGGCGCGAUCUCAAGAUAUCUGCAAAAAAGGAAGCAACAAAUGAACGGCCUUCUGAAAUAUAUCAGAGAAUUAAUAAAAUCCUAGAAAAUACAGCCCAAGAAGAUGUGAAAAAUAUGGAAAAUAUCGAAUUCUUAGACGCCUUACUGUUCGCGGCUGACUUUGAGCAGAUGUCCCCUGGCCAAAUGUCUCCUGGACAACCUUCCGGCCAGCCUUUGGUGGAAAUUGAAAAGGGAUCAGAUCCAAAUAUACAACUGAAAAUGCGAAAAAAAUCUGGGACUCCACCCUUGGCCGAAGCUAGUGAAAAACGUCAAUUGAGACGUUUUACAACCGCUCAAAAGCACGCUCUAGUAGAUUACAUGUCGACUCACCCCGUUCUAGCCUCGUCCAAGUACAUAGCCAUGAACGGGGACCCGCACAACGCUGAGUGGAGACUCCUCAGCAAGUAUUUGAACAAGAUUGGGACUGCUAAAAGUACUUAUGCUUGGAAACGGGCCUGGCGGGACCUCAAACAGACAGUUAUAAAGAAAAAAAUGGCUGACAAAACGCUUUUAGAAAUAGACAAGAAAAUACUAAAAAUUUCUGAACAGGAUCUCACAGAGUUAAACAUCGAAAUGUCUUUAUUGCUAGAGCAAGAAUUCGAUUCACUACCAGACCCAACCGACGGUAUGCCUGUCCUUUACUCGCAAUCACAACCAGACGUAAUACUAUGUGGCUCACAUGGCGACCCUGCCAAAACAGAUUCUCAAGAACAUUACAGACAAGAGUCAUGUAGCACACAAGCUCAAGAGUCUAGAGGAAAAGACAUGGAAGAUGUAGAAAUGUCUCCUGGGCAACGGAGUCGGGAAGUGUCUCCUGGCCAACGCAGUAUAGAGACGCGGUCUAGUCGUGAUUCUACCGUGCGACGUGUCAAUGGAAGAAAACGCAUUGUGUUGAAUAAAAGGAGAGUUCGUUGCACGCUGGCCCAAAUAAAUGCCUUCGUUGUUUACAUGUCUCGCCACCCGUCGCUGGCGCGAGCGAAAAGUGUCGGGCAAGACUCGCACGAUGAGUGGCUGCGGCUGUGUAGAUAUCUGAAUAGUAUUGAUACUACUGUGGCGCCUAAGGGUGUUCAAAAAUGGAAAACCACAUGGCGAACGUUAGUGCUAAACGCGCGCAAUAAAGACCUCAAGAAAAGCAAAUGGUACGAGAGGAUCUGUAGGAAAAUACUGCAAAUAGUCAACGAGAAAAAACCUGAUGCCAAAGAGAAACGUGUAGAAAAAGAUGUACCACAAACAAACAAAGACUGCAUAUUUUACCCCCCACCGCCAUCGCAGAACGUGUUUGAUCCUCUGAAAUGUGAACUAAGUGAAGAUAUUGAACAUAUACGAAAAGAAAAUGUACUUCGUAAAAUGUAUAUUAGAAGACGCAGUUCCAAUCUCCAAUUACGCGCCCUCGCUGACUUCAUAAUAUCCCACCCUGAGCUUGCCACGGAGCGUCUUAGCGAGAACAUGCCCGCCUGGGUCAAAAUCACUCGACACCUCAAUAGUUUAGGCCUCGCGAAAACUGUUCACGAAUGGUGUAAGACAUGGGCAGACCUCAAGUGGCGCCUCCGCUGUAAGGGACCCAUCAUUUGUUUGGAAGAUUUUAGAGAAAAAAAGCUACAAAAAAUCCUUGGGAUAACGCGCAGGGACCCAACGGAAAGAGACCUUUCUUCUGAAUCGGACGAAGAGAUUCAAAAUGCCCAUUUGGAAAAAUCCUAUGUAAAUGAUACUUCGCGAAGAAAGCAGAAAGGAGGAAGCGGUAGGUUUGGCUUCAGAAAGGAAAAACGGCAAUUCCUUGGGAAAUCACGCAGGGACCCUAUAGAGGAUGUACUAUCAUCUGAAUCAGAUGAAGAAACUGCACAAGAAUAUAGCACAAAGCCUAAGCCUGUACCUGAAGUCACAGUAACCCCGCGUGCCCCUUCACCCCGUACAGUCCUCUAUAAUAUGGCUGAGAUCCUCGCUCGAAACAACCCCAUGAACGAAAACAAUAGAGAGACAAAUAAUAAGAAAUCUACAACUGAAACUAGUGCUUCUAAUGAGACGAAUGAUAUUUUGCGGGAAUUGGUGCUAGAGUUGAAACGUAGCAACGAGUUGAAAACUGAACAAAAUUGUUAUCUCAAGGACAUUGCACAACAUCUAAAGGUCCCAAAAAGCACACAUACGAACCAAAAUGCAGAAGAUACACACACAGACAGUAAUGCUGAUAAUAAUGGCGUAAUUGAAAUUCCGAAACAAGAAGAGGAUGCAGAAGAUAUUCAGACUGUGAAUGAGGAGAAUAAUGGAAUAACUGAUGAUGAGAUGCCCGCAGAAAGUGCGCCUCCAGUGCCUGUCAUUAGACCAGUUGCAUUAUCAUCCUUGACUACAAUUAAUACACCUGGACAACAAUACAAGCAGUUGAAAAUUCAAUCUAUCGUGAGGACAGAUCCUAGAAACAUCAACAGAAGGCUCAUUCAAUUAAAGGAUGGCAGGAUGUUACUGAUGCCAACUAAGGUGCAAACGCAAGAGAAGCCUAACCAAGACAAAAAUGCAGAUCAGCUGUAUGUGCUGUGCCCUCGUAAACGAAGAUAAAACUAGUCGCUGAAUAGUUAUAAAUACAUGCACACAAAAUGUACUAAACGUAUGUUUUAAUAUAAGUAUUCAGUUUAAUUUUGUUAUUGUAGAUACUUAAGAUUAUCAACAUAUUGAUUAAAAUAGUUUACUAUA